AUGUUGGCGGCACGAGCAUCGCGAUGGACACCAAAGACCGCCAAUGUCACGAGAUAUGUACCGCAACUUAGAACGUACUCUGAAGUAACAUACAAAUCACAACCAAAAGCCACAAAAAUAAGCCCGGUCCCAUAUACCAGCAAACUCGGCUCCAAAGCCCGGUCUUUCCACCUAGGCAGAGCCGAUCCCGUCCGCGCAACCAGCAUGUCGAACUUCCUCCGGACGGCGCAAUUCGAACUCGCCGCGCUGCAGGCACGGCGGCGCGGGCUGCAGCAUAGAAUGCGCGGGCCGUACAACGUGCGUGUUAGCGCUACGACACCUCGUACGCGACGAGAUACUGUCACAGUGGACGAGGGGAGCGUGUGGGUGGGGGACAAGCGGAUCCCGAAUGUAUGGCUGAGGGAUAAUUGCCAGUGUGGCGGGUGUAUGCAUGGGGAUACGAGACAGCGGUUGCUGGAUUCGUUUGGGAUUCCGCCGGGGAUUGGUAUGGAGAGGUAUGAGGUUGAGGGGGAGGAAGGGGAGGAAGGGGAGGAGGAGGGGGAAGGGAGGAGGUUGAAGGUUGUGUGGGAAGAUGGACAUGAGAGUUUUUAUCCUUUUUCGCUGCUGCGCCAGACGCUGAAGACGGAGGCGGCGAAGGUGGUGCAGCGGUUGGGGCUUGUGCCGCUUUCGCUGUGGGAUAAGGGUGUUGCGAGUGAGCCGCCGACAGUCGAGUACGAGGGGGUUGUGAGCGGGGAAUUGGCGGGGUUGCUGAGGAAUUUGCGGGAAUAUGGGUUUUGCUAUGUAGAUGGGACGCCGUUUGAGGAUCCGCAGCAUACCAAGAUGUUGUUGGAGAAGAUUGCGUUUAUUCGCGAGACGCAUUAUGGUGGGUUCUACGACUUUACGGCUGAUUUGGCGAGUAAGGAUACGGCGUAUACGAAUAUUGCGCUGGAAGCGCAUACGGAUACGACGUACUUUUCCGAUCCGGCGGGACUGCAGGCGUUCCAUUUGCUGUCGCAUACGGAUGGGGAGGGCGGAGCGAGUUUGCUCGUUGACGGGUUCAAAGUCGCUGAAGAACUUCUUGAAACGGACAAGCAGGCGUAUGAGAUUCUCGCAACGGUAAAUGUUCAUGGACAUGCGUCAGGAAACGAUGGCAUAUCGAUUCAGCCGUACCGCGGCUUCCCUGUGCUGGAACACGAUAUUGCAACGGGGAAUCUCCUGCGCGUGCGCUGGAACUCUUCUGAUCGCGCGUCGAUUGAGCUCCCCAUCGAUCAGGUGGAAAAGUGGUACGAUGCCGCAAGGAAGUUUGAUGCAUUACUGAAGAAGAAGGAAAACGAGUACUGGGAGCAAUUGAAGCCUGGACGGGUACUGAUCUUUGAUAACUGGAGGGUGCUGCAUGGACGGAGCAGCUUCACUGGGAAGAGAAGGAUCUGCGGUGCGUACAUUAAUCGGGACGACUGGAUUAGCAAAUUCAAAAUGGCCGAGUUUGGACAGGACAAGGUCUUAGAGGGGCUUCCUGUAAACUAG